AUGAGAUUAGAAUAUAAAGUUUUGGAAAUAGCAAAGGAUGAUGAACAAGAAUUAGGUUAUAAUACUCCUGAUGGUUAUGCUGAUAUAGUUUUUAUUUGUGGCGAAUGUAAAAAAGAUUAUGAUAAUAAUACUCUUCCAUGA